AUGGGCAAGUACGAUAUGAUAUGCCUCACUGAAACUCACUUAGCGACUGAAAUAAGAGCUAAGCCUAGUUGGAUGUCAACUCAUGAAACAGCCCAGCUGUUAGGAGAAACAGAAGGCUUGCUUCACGAAUGUACGGAGAUCUUAAGCUCACUGGAGGCACUGACUGGUGUGGAAUUAUAUCAGCUUGUGGGUCGUCUCCUCAGGGGCAGAAGAUUAGCCGAUGACAACAAGCAACAUGCAGCAGUAAAUAAACAAGACUGGGCAGAGUUCUUCUGUCAAGGGGACGAUGCCUUAACAGAACGUACUGGUCAAAAAUGGCUUGCCGAAUUUCGUUCCAGAGAUACGAGCCUCAAAGAUGCAACCCGCAGCCUUCGCCCCACCGAGAUUGAUUCGAGUGAUAUCAAGACUCUAAUCGAACAAGACUGGUCGCUACAGGCACGAGAAAUUGUGGGGACACUGAAAAUAUGUUUUGGAACCAUUGAAAAGACAUUUAAAACAGCUUGGCUACGUGCCCUAUCCCUAUGUUUGGGGGUCACAAAAAUUGACUGA